AUGGUUGAACUACAAGGUGAUAUAAUUGACAAAACGGAUGGCAGCCUUAGUGGAAAAGUCAUCGGUGAUUUGCACUUUACCCGUCAGAACGUACCUGUACUUAUUAUUGGGCAUAAUAUUUUGCAUGGCGAGAUUAUUAAUCUGUCAAAGCCCUUCGCCGUGCUUCAGCGGGUGGCAAAGGACAACAGCACUGAGCUACUUGUCACAGCCGUCAUCAAGAGAAAAAUAAUUUUUAGAGUACGACCAAAACCUAUCAUAUGGAUGCAAAAGUAG